GUCUUGCUGAUCACAGCGCAAUGGAGCCCUCUGAGACUUUGAAUGGUCAUGCUCGGAUUGUCUUCUCAAGGAGACAUUCUUCAUUUCCAAUCCCUAAAGGACGUUCCUCUGCCCAAACUAGAUCCUUUGCCUCUCCAGCAUCGUCAUUUUCAUCUCCUUUUUCUUCUCCUGGCAUUGAUUCACGCAUCCCUUUUUCUUGGGAAAAAAUACCCGGAGUUCCCAAGAAACAAGCUCCCAAGAAAGAGGGUCAUUCUCCAAGAUUCCUCCCUCUGCCUCCGCCAACUAUUCCAGCAUCCUCGAAGAUCAGAUUCGACCAUGUAAAGAUGAAGAACCCUGGUACUAAAAGCUUCCAAGUGGAUCCUUUUCUCGUUGCACUUGUUGAGUGCUCCAAGGAUGAUGAUUAUGAAGAAACGAUUGUGGGUUAUGUUGGUCCAAAGAUAACAAGGAGUUUGAGCGACAGAUUUGGAUUUGUCAAACUUUCUGCUUCCUGCAAGAGCACAUCUUGCGUGGUUUCAGAAUCAAUAGUUCCUAGCCCAAGGAGAAGCAAUUAUAAUACAAGGAAUAGCCUCUUUAGAUGAAGAUUGAACAGGCCGAUUGCUAUACAUAAGCAUAUCUACAUUGUUGCAAUACUACACACUAUUAUGCUCAAUUGUUCCUUGUUUAUACGUACAUAAAUGUCAAGAAGCAUAUACGUUGCUCUUCAUGUAAAUAACUUAAUUUCCAGUAUUAAUAUAAGCAGC